UGGUUCACUAAUAAAAGCAUCAUGAUAGUGCUUAUAGAUCUCCUGUUGAUGCUGUUGGAGCUGACCUGCACCAUCAUCAGCGCGGUGGUUCGAACAGUCCUGCGGCCGCGGCUGAAGUCGGUGUCCGGCGAGGUGUGUCUGAUCACCGGCGCCGGCGGAGGACUCGGCCGGCUCUUCGCGCUGGAGUUCGCCAGAGAGGGAGCCGAGCUCGUGCUGUGGGACUGCAACACUGAAGCCAACGAGCUCACGGCCAGACAAGUGAGGGAACGCGGAUGCAAAGCGCACACGUACACGGUAGACCUGUCCCAGCGAGAGAGCAUCUAUCAGAACGCGGAACGGGUGCGAGGAGAGGUGGGAGAAGUCGGCAUACUGGUGAACAAUGCGGGGGUUGUAGCGGGGCGAAGGCUGCUGGAGUGUCCGGAUGAGCUGCUGGAGAGGACGCUGCUGGUCAACUGUCACGCGCUCUUUUGGAUGACGAAAGCCUUUCUGCCACAGAUGAAAGCCAGGAAUCACGGCCACAUCGUCACUGUGGCGAGCACUCUGGGUCUGUUCAGUACUGCUUGUGUGGAGGAUUACUGUGCUAGUAAAUUUGGAGCUGUAGGUUUCCAUGAGUCUCUGACACACAGUCUGUUAACAGAGGAAGGUGUGGACGGAGUGAAAACAACACUGAUCUGCCCGUACAUUGUCAACACCGGCAUGUUUACUGGAUGCCAAAUCAGGCAGGAGCUUCAAGGCCUGAUUCCCCCUCUGGAUCCUCUCUACUGUGUUCAGGAGUCCAUGAAGGCCAUUCUGGCUGACCAGCAGAUGAUCUGCAUUCCUCGUCUAAUGUACUUUGCAUUCCUGUCGCGGGCGUUGCUCCCCUGGGAUGCUAAUGUUGCAACUUACCGUUUUAUGGGAGGCGACAAAUGCAUGUAUUCCUUCAUUAAGAGCAAACAGCAGCAGCUUGUGAACGGUCAUCAUGUGAAAUCCUCUUAGCCCUUAUAAUAGCUACU